AUGCAAGAUCGCAUCUAUCUAUCUAUCUAUCUAUCUCUCAUGGAUAUUAGAUCAGGGAUAUUAGAUAAGUCUUUUUUGAUUUUUAUAUACUCGGUGAUUUAUGCAAGAUCGCAUCUACCUCUCUAUCUAUCUAUCUAUCUAUCUAUCUAUCUAUCCAUCUGUUUGUCUAUCGCAUCUAUCUAUCUAUCUAUCUAUCUAUCUAUCUAUCUAUCUAUCUAUCUAUCUAUCAUUCAUCUGUUUGUCUGUCAUCAGUCCAUUUUCUAUCUAUCUAUCUAUCUAUCUAUCUAUCUAUCUAUCUAUCUGUUUGUCUGUCACCAGUCCAUUUUCUAUCUAUCUAUCUAUCUAUCUAUCUAUCUAUCUAUCUUGGAUAUUAGAUCAGGGAUAUUAGAUAAAUCGCAUCUAUCUAUCUAUCUAUCUAUCUAUCUAUCUAUCUAUCUAUCUAUCUAUCUAUCUAUCUAUCUGUUUGUCUGUCAUCAGUCCAUUUUCUAUCUAUCUAUCUAUCUAUCUAUCUAUCUAUCUAUCUAUCUAUCUAUCAUGGAUAUUAGAUCAGGGAUAUUAGAUAAGUCUUUUUGGAUUUUUAUAUACUCGGUGAUUUAUGCAAGAUCGCAUCUAUCUAUCUAUCUAUCUAUCUAUCUAUCUAUCUAUCUAUCUAUCUAUCUAUCUAUCUAUUUAGUAGUAUCCAUGAAUUAA